AUGUCGGCCUACCCACCGAACCCGAAUGCGCCGCUCACGGGUGCGGCUCAGACCGUCGAUGAGACCGGCCUCCUCGCCGUCGUCUGGGUCUGCUUCUCGGUGGCUACCGCCUUCGUGUCCCUUCGACUGGUCGUCCGAUUCCGCCAGAAUGGCUCCCUUCUCGUCGACGAUUACUGGAUCAUCUGGGCCUGGCUCUGCUCUCUUACCAUGGCGAUUCUCCAGACGGAGCAGAUGCCUUCGCUGUGGUACAGCACGUACCUCGGAGCAGGCCGCGUCGCCAUGGACCAGGACACCACAUGGCAACUCGAGCAACUCACUCGCUGGCAGUUCCCCAUCAUCAAGCUCUUCUGGACGAUCCUGUGGUCCAUCAAGGCGAGCUUCAUGGCCGUCUUUUUCCGCUUGGUCAAGCCGUUCCCGCUCCUUCGGCGUCUAUGGUACGGCGUCGCCGUCUUUACUUUCCUGGCCUACAUUGGUUGCUGGCUCGCGAGCUCCUUGACCUGCAGCCCUCCGUCGGAUUAUUUCAGAGCUGGCGCAUGCAGCGAACCACACGAGGUCUGGAUGCAAAAGUUCAACGUCAUCUACUCGACGACGGUCGACAUCGCGAGCGACCUGAUGAUCAUGGCUCUGCCCAUCGCUAUCCUGCCGUCGCUGCAGCUCGACGUCCGCCGCAAGAUCGGCCUGGGCGUCGCCUUCAGCCUGGGCGCCAUUAUCAUGUCGGUCGCCAUCGUCCGCAUGACGCAGGUCAUCACCGCCAGCGGUAUGGUCGACCUCGUCGGACUCGCCAUUUGGGGCGCCGUCGAGACCGCCACGGCCCUGAUUGUCGGCUCUCUGCCGCCGCUCAAGGCGCUGCUUUCGCGCAGCGUCAAAAAGUACAGCUCCGGAAACAAGUCUCACGGUUACGGGACCGCCCGGACGCCGGCGCCUGGCGGUCGCGGUGGCUACGGGCCCAACUCGGUGUCGAGGACUGUCAUGGUGGCCGAAUCCAUACCCUUGGACGACGUGCACACGAGCGCGCAGAAGGACGGGGGCAUUUAUGUGCAGAGGUCGUAUGAGACGACGGUCGAGUUUGAUGAGGCGUCUUCUCGGGAUGACGAUGAGGCUGACAUCGUCAAGAAGGGGCCUCGGGCGCUAUGA